GACAUUGUGGAGAGCAUUUCUGCUGCCUGUUCGACUCCCUGCCAAGGUAGAAAGUUCUUUCAAUUACUUGGAGAUCAACGCGAUCAAUGCUAUCGACCACACUCAGGUUGUCAUAGAAACUGAGAAAAUUUCAUACCAUCUGAAACUCAUGUCCCUUGAAGACCUGGAGCAGGUGGUUAGUCAUGUCACCGCAUCACUCAAAAAAAUAUUUCCAGAUUCAUCACCUGGAAAGUUACUCAAGAAGAAUUCCCCUGAGCUACAAGAGAGAAUCAAAAAAAUCACAUUAGCACUGGAUGAACAGACUGACACUAAUCAGGGGCCAUGUGGUGGCUAUUCAGAGACUUACGCUGCGUUGUGUGAUUACAAUGGGUUUCCCUUCAAGGAAGAGGUCCAGUGGGAUGUAGACACCAUCUACCAUAGCCAGAAUACCAAGGAGUUUAAUCUGCUAGACUUCAGCCACUUGGAUACUAGAGAUGUGGCGUUGAGUGUGGCAGCCUUGGCAUUUAACCAGUGGUUUACAAAGCUAUUCUCCAAGGAUUUACGGCUGAGCCCCGAUGUGAUAGAGCAGGUCCUCUACGUGAUCAGUUUGUCCACUAAACUGGAGGAGCUGGUUUUAGAAAAUGCUGGAAUGAAGUUUGAUGCUGGGCAGAAAAUAGCACUGGCUCUAGAAGAGAAUUUCCACCCUGUGCUUCACACGAUAAACCUAUCAAACAACCAGCUGGAGGAUAGAGGGGUGUCAGCACUCAGUCAGCAGUUUGAAAGGCUGUCCAAAGGACUGAAGCACCUCAACCUCUCCAGAACAUCACUGACUACAAAAGGUCUUAACUCUUUGGCUCAGUCAUUUAUUGCUAAUGAAACUUUCACAUCUUCUCUUGUUCACCUGGACCUCUCUGGAAACCCUGGGAUAUUAGCUGCUGAAGACACCUGUAAUUUUUAUAAUUUCAUUUCCCAUCCGAAUGCCCUGGCUCACCUUGAUCUGGCUGGUACAGAUUGUGCCCUGGAUUCUCUUUUUGGAGCAUUAAAUCGUGGAUGUUGUACACAUAUGACCUCCCUAAUCCUCAACCGAAAUGUAUUUUCCCACAAGAAAACUCGGGAAAUCCCUCUUUCAUUGAAGCAGUUCUUCAGCAACUGUUUGUCAUUAAAGUGCGUUACACUGUCGGGUAUCAAGCUGCCACUGGAAGCUGUAAGAGCCAUUCUUCAGGGCCUGGCCUGUAACACUCACAUCUGUGACGUACACCUGGAUCUUAGUAACUGUGAGUUGAGAUCAGCAGGUGCCCAGGUGAUUCAGGAUCACAUCAUCGAUGCCAACGCUAUCAGUAGCCUGGACUUAUCAGACAAUGGGUUUGACUCUGACAUGGUGACACUGGUCUUGUCUAUUGGAAGAAGCAAAUCCAUCAGACAUGUAGCACUUGGCAAGAAUUUCAACAUAAAGUCGAAAGCCUUGGCUGAUGUUCUUCACAGGAUUGUCCAACUCAUCCAGGAUGAAGAGUGUCCCCUGCAGUCACUGUCAGUUGCUGAUUCACGAUUAAAAUCUGGAACAAAUGUCCUCAUUAAUGCUCUGGGCAGCAACACCUGCUUGAAAAAGAUUGAUAUCAGCGGCAACGCCAUGGGAGACACUGGAGCGAAGAUGCUGGCCAAAGCUUUACAGAUUAACACAAGCCUUGGAACCGUGAUUUGGGACAGAAACAACACUACAGCCGUGGGAUUCCUGGAUGUUGCAAGUGCUCUAGAGAGGAAUUAUACGCUAAAAUCAAUGCCUUUACCAAUGAGUGAUGUGUCCCAGGCUUACCGCAGCUACCCGGAAAAAACAGAGGAAGCCCUACAGAAGAUACAGUCAAAUCUCCUUCGGAACAAUCAGAUGAAGAAAUAUUCUCCAGAACAGGCCUUUCGACUACAAGAGAGAAUUGUAACUAGCUCCACACAGCAGAUGGUGGACAGUAUGUGUGAAAAGGUACAAGAAAAUUUGAACAUCAUUAACAACGAGUCUGUGAAAGAAAGGCAAGAAGAUGUCACAUUUGCUGAAGAAAUCAUAAAGGAUGCUAAGACAUUAACUGCUGUGCUACCAACCUUGUACCAAGUGGGUAACAUUCCACCUUUAAUAAGAACAGUGCAGCACAAGUUGGAGUUGGCCGCUGAAGAAGUCUCCCAGGCUCUAAAUGAGGAAAUCCAGACACUUAUUCAAUCCUUCGUGAAUUCCACCAGCAUCCUCUGUCCUAAUGUUCUCCAGAAAGUCAACAUUCAGGAACAGCUUGUUAACAUAGUAUCUGGUAAAAUCUUCAUUCCCAAGGACUUUACGAGGAGCGUGAUUAUUGAACAGGCUGGAUUGGAGAUUGUGAAUAAACUCAGUGAAGUGAAGCUCAGUGUCACUGCUGCUCUAAUCGAUCACUUUGUGGACCACAUUCUGAAGGAUCUGACCAUUGCUCAGCAGAAGCUUGCAUCUUAUGCAUCAAAACCACUAAAUGAAACAUCAUCCUCAGACAACGCAAGUGCAGAAAGCUCGAAAGAUGACUCCACAAUCAACAAAACCAAGGAUUUUUUAAAUUUACCCAACAACGAUUUGGCACCAAUUGAGAGUGUGACUAAGCUUCGCAGGAAGACAAUACGCUCUAGAAGAAUCAGGCCAACCGCAACCUUGAACCGAAUCUCAGACAUAGAGUUAGAAAGACAAGUCGAAGAAACAGAUUCUGCAGCAAUAGAAGAACUGUUGACAGUCAGCAGUCGGUCUGUUAAAUCACAUCCGGCCUCCACCGACAUGAAUGCUGUAAAUAACCCACCUGCAAAUGUAGAGACAACUUUUAUAGAUUCUGUUACAGAUUUGCCAACAGAAGGGAUGAAACUGAGGCAUUGCACCAGGAGCAGGCCAAGACCAAACAGGACCAGGAAACAACCACCUUCCAAACCUAGUGUACAACCUGUAGACCAGGAGAAGGGGGAGAAUACAACCGAGAACAAUCUAGAUCUGGGACUAGAAGAAUUCUUCACAAAGAAGAUAAUUGAAGAAGAAACAAGUUAUGUGCCUGCUUCUUUGAGCAAUUCACCACCCAGGAAAAGCCAACCUCCAAAGCAAGAAGAACUGAGCACUUCAUUACUGGCGCUCCCAAAAACAAAAAAGAAAUAUCCCAAACUCAGUGACUUAUUUGUUUUCAAGAAAACCAGGUUCCAUAAAAUGCAGAAGGCAGAGAAGGACCCUGAGGGAAACCAGCAGAAAAGCAAGAAAAGUUCAUCCACGGAUACCCUGAAAUUCCUGAGUAAAUCUGAGGAGAUGCAUGGCCAAGCUAAACCACACGAGGGCAGUGCAGAACAAGCCAAGCAAGAAAGUAUGUCCAGGCGCCAAUCACUGUUAAGAGGUGUCAAAACACGUUCAUUGAUUCUAUUCCCUGAAAGCAAGGAUGCCGAGGAAUUGUCUGUGCAGUUCACAGUACAUGGCAAGGAAUCUAAAUCAGAGCUGUGUGAAAGAAGUCAGUUGCUCAGAUCUGAACAGCACAUACACCGAGUGCUAGACAGAGCGGGUCUGAAGGUGAUGCACUCUGACCCGAAGAUGAAACUGGGUGUAGAAUCAGAAUUAAAAGGAACAAACUCUAAUGAAGGAAUCUCUGGCGAGAACAAACCACAGCCUCCACCUCAAUCUCUGAAACUUUCUGCACUAGCCAAUAUGGCUAAAGCCUGUACAGGCAGUACUGCAGAUAAAGAAGAAAAUUCUGAAGGACAGUUGUUCAAGAAUGCAGAAUCUGACAGUGAAGAAGAAAGAAAAAUACAAGAAAUUACAUCAGGAGGUGUCCAGAGAAUCCUGCUUCCUCUUUCACGCAGGAAACAUUUGCAACAAGGGAGCAAAGAGCAGAGUUUAAAUCCUGUACCAGUUCCAAGAAAGUUUGUAGCAUUGCAAAAAAGCAUUGUUCAGGAUGAAGUUCCCAGCACUGAGAAGCAUACAUCACCAAAUUCAACACCAGUGAUGAAACUGGACAAUGAGGAGAAGAAUGAAGAAUGUUCAGCUUUUGAAGAUAUAAAUCACCUUGCUUCACAACCACAUGAGAAGCCCUUUCUCCAAAAGAGAAUUCUGUCUGUCUCUGAAGAACAGUUGGAUCAGCUGAGCAGCCCAGUAGAACCAGAAGAUUUAAAGGCUCCUUUGCCAAGAAAACCAAGAACCCUUAUCAGGGCAAGAGUACAAUUGGAAGCAAGUAGAAAAAAAGAACAUCCCAGAUCAGAGGAUGAAUGUGAAACCCACACAGCAGAACUGUUACCUCCAGUGACCUCUAAAGACACAGAAGAAACAACUGCAAUUUUAAAAGAAAAUAUUUCUGAUCAGUGCUAAUGGACAGAACACCUAACAGACUUUCUAGGAACUACUUCCUGAAAUGGGACAUCAGCCACCACUCCUAUUGCUUUGGGAGCCACCUUGGCCUAGCCAUCUCAGAGCUCUGAUUUACUUUAGGAAGACUGAAUGUGUUAUUUGCUGGAAACUGCAAGAUGAGUGAGAACAAAGCUGUGUCACUGGCAUUUACAGGAAAGAUGUCAUUUACAGGAAAGAUGUCAGCACUGUAACCACUUAAAGCAUAAAGUUUGAACACCUGUGUCUUCAAGCUACUGUGCACUUAUUCCAGGUCAGGAAUGUAGGUUGAAUGCUGCACAUCAAAUCUGUUGGCAUGAGCAGUUACAAUGCAAGCCUGCUACAAUCUUCAGAAUUGCUGCAAAUUGUCAUCUGGCAGUGUAAUCAUGCAACAGUCAAUCCUUAUAAUUAGCCUAGUGCAAGUUAAGAUAUCAUCUAAGGUUCUGUACAUCUUCCUAAUUAAAAAGAGAGAAUAAUGAUUAUAGAA